GAAGUCUGAAGAAGGGUCGCAACGGGAAAUGUCACAAAUACAUGCCCUCUAGCACUGUUACUCCAACCGUGUUUUGCCGCUGUAUCCUUUGACAGUCUUCUUCCCAAUUUGCAACUACGUCAAUGUUGUGUUGUCUGCAAACUCAUUUUCGUAUACAUACGAUAUCCCAACACUGAUCCCACGUGUUGAAUGCAGUCGUAAACUAAAUUAUUUCAACUUCUUACCCAUUUAGAGGUCUUCCCAGUUUUUGUAAAUGUCAAUAAACAGAUAUUUACAAGCAGUCGCAAAGACUUGAUAUUAAUUAGCUGUCACAAGACCUGUCAGGGCGGUCCGUUUCCGUUGCUUGAGGCCUAACAAGGGCUCGCAGACUGCUCCAUCUUGCGGAACAGCCUCACCAACGAGAUCGGCACAACGCUGAGAACCAAAGGAAACGGAUGUUGGCGGUUGUUUAAUGGUUGUCCACGGCGAUGGGUGGGUCGCCGACUGUAGUGAAACGGUCGCCGGUGGCGAUGGGAUGGUUGGUCUCCCUGUGGAUGUUUUGGGGGCUUUUCCUGAUCGAUGCAGCGUUUAAAAUGCAACCGAAAAUAAAUGCGGAUCGAACAAGCACUCCGAGCCUCUUUGAUCCCAUCUCUGGCGACACCGCGCUCUCUCAGUUGCAAAAUUCCACAAAUAUAACACAUGUUUUGACCAAAGACACUAAAACAACUGCCCAAGAGACACAGAGGAUGAUUCUGCUCCGGGCAAACUCCCUGCCAGAUCUUAAACUAAACGUUCACACUUUGUGUGUCUGCAAUUUACUGGUUGAACAAUGUGAUAUAAAUUGUUGCUGUGAUCCAGACUGUACAGCUUCUGAUGUAUCUACCUUUACAACAUGCGAUGUUCAUAUUGUCACAGGAGACAGAGAACUUUGCAAGCAUGAGGCAGCAAUAUACUUAACAGUUAUAAGCAAAGUUGUGACCUUGACCAACCCCAGCAUCUUUUGUAUUGAGACAAACAACUACAAGAAAGGAUCAUCUUUUUUUACCCCUGAAUUGCCAAGUACUGAUAAUUUUGAUCGUUUGGUGAAACAGUUUGGUGGUUUUUCCUUUGGUACUAAUGAAGCACCUCCAAGUACAUCUAGUUCAACUUCACAUGGCUAUCAGUAUGGUAUGCCUAUUAAAGUUAAUGGUGGUUAUCUAAAGCUUCCUGCUCCUCUGGCAACAUCUGCAUGCACUGACAACAACCCUGCAGCUUUUUUGAUAGAUCAAACAACACAUUGCAGUAGAAGGAUUCACAAACCAACAAAUUGCACAAGUCUUCCAGCAUUAAACAUAAAAAACUACCUCAAUUUUAAGAUUUUACCAAGUCCGAAUGCAGACUGGAAUAGUGGAAUCCCAGUCCUUCUUACCUCUAUUAUUUUAAGAUCUCAGAAAAGAACAUUAAUACGCCUGAAAGACUUUGAUGUUAAUAAUUGGACUCCUAACCAAGUUGUUAAUGUUUGCAGAAAUAUUGUGCUAGAGGUAAAAUAUGUAAUUGAGUAUAACAAUAAAGGGAAUAUUAUAAAUGCAACUGCUGCUUUUGUUCUUGGAGCUAUUGACAGCAGCAUGGGACCAGUACAACAGCUCUUCCAGAUUAGUUUCAUUCAGAACAACAGCGUAGGAGUUCCUCUCAGCGGAAAUCCAGGCUAUGUGGUUGGACUCCCUCUUGUGGCUGGAUUUGGACCAAAUGCCACUAUUGGUAUAAUUCAGACCAAAGACAGAUUUGGUCAGCUGACAGUCAUGAAAAGUUCAAGCCACCAGGAUUGUCUUCAAAUGGAAGGGCUUCGGACACCAGUAUUGUUUGGAUACAAUUUAAUCUCUGGCUGCCUCAUGAGCAUAACCAACAUUACAAAUUGCCGUCAGUGGUCGCGAAUCAUCAAAAAUAUGUUAAUAGGACCAAACUUCCCUCAAAGUGUGGCAUCAUUUGGAAACACUCCUGUGCAGAAUGCCAAAGACUGGGUGACCAUCAAGCAUGCUACUUCAAUAAUUCAGAGAUGUGGUUGUGAACUUGUCGAAUCUUUGGUGCUGGAGGUGAAGUGGACAAAGUGUGGUUCCUUAAUAAACCCACAAGCUAAAAUUGUAGAAGUCACACUAACAUUUGAAGAAACAUGCAUUUUGAAACCUUCGAAAACUGCAACAACUUUACACAUCUCUACCUCAGUUAAAUUUACAGAUGUGUCUGCAUCUGCCCAACCUGGAUACAAAAGCAAACCAAUGCUUGAUGCUAAAUUACCCUACGAUUUCUUCUUCCCUUUUGUAUGAAAUACUCUCAACUCUUUCUGUGAGGCUGGUUAUAAUAAUCUGUAUCUUGCACUUGUUUGAUCAAUAACUACUUUGUAUAGCAAUUUAGAUGUACUGAUUUAUAAUAAUGUUAAACUAUGAAUUGUAAUUUCUUCAGAUUCUUUUGGCAAUAGUCAUUUGCUUUCCCAAUUGUGUACAUGAAUACCUGCUUAUGCACAAACUUCCGAAUGGACUUACACUUAUGGAUUAUAACAACUGAAUUUAUAAUCCUAGAGGAGACUGAAAUACAUAUGUAAAAUAAAACAAGCAUCAAAUACCUAAAAUGCUGGAACCUUUCAGGUCAGGCUGCAUUCUGUGAAGAGUGUUAACAUGCCUGGUCAAUUACACCAGAUCUGAGGAAAUAGAAAACCUGAUUUAACUUGCAGAGAAGGGAACAGGCGGAGAGUGAAAAAAAGAUUGCCAGUGAUACUCAGCAGAUGAAUCAGCGACUGCGGCCAGGAAAACAAAAUCAAGUUUUCAGCAAUUGCUAAAUUCUGCCUCUCAUAUUUCCAGCAUAUUCUUAUUUUAAAUACUCUACCCUCAUUCAUGUAUGAACUUGUUGGCCCUGAAAAUAUUGUGGCACCUAAGCAACCUGGGCAUUUACUCAUUCACAGACACUCCCUUUACUUUAUCUGCUUGUUCCCUUCUCUACAGCAUAAAACAAACUGGUUUUCUCAUGUUUUUUGGUUCUGAUGAAUGGCAACAAACUUGAUAUGAACUUUUACUUCUCUCACCUGAAUGACUCACUGCUCAUUGCCAACACUAGCAGUUUAUACUUAAUUUAAAUACGAGAGACAACAUUUUUCUACUUGGGCUGGUACCGAUACCUUUUUCUUUUUUUUAAAUAAAAAAGUUUCCACAGAGGGAG